AUUUUGUCUGCCUCAGUGGUCAUACUCAAGAAAGCUGCCUUGUGUCUGGUUGUUUGCAACAAUGGGCUCCAGCCAGCUUGUCAUAUUUGGCUUUGUGCUGACAUGUGUGAGGUUUAGUAAUGCUCAAUUUCUCAGUAUAAGCGCGCCAAACUACUGGGGGGUUGAGGCGCAGGAGCCUGCAGCAGCAGAGCCUGAAAGGAAGAACUCCAGGGCGUCUGUUGAACAAGCUCUCAGACUCCAUGUAGAGCGAACCCAGCCAACAGUCAGCGCACACUCUUGGAGGUUUCCAAAAGAUCCAUUGGAUCCUGUGAACACGCCUCCUGUUAGGUUUGAACUGCGGCAGCCGGUGACUACCUACCCUGUUGCUUUGAGGUGUGGGGAAAGUAGAAUCCAGGUGGAAGUGAGUCAGGACCUGCUAGGCCUCGGCAGGUUGAUUAAACCUGAGGAGAUCAUGCUUGGUGGUUGUCCAGCCACUGAUGUUGACAACUUGUCUCAUGUGCUUGUCUUUGAAUCUGAGCUGCAAGGCUGUGGCAGCACACUUACGAUGACAGAGAAUGCCUUCAUUUAUGCCUUCACAUUGGUCUACAACCCUAAAGUGUUGAGCAGAAGUGGCAUUAUACGGAGCCAGAGUGCGGUCAUUGGAGUAGAGUGCCACUACCCAAGGUGAAGAGAAAUCUGCCAGCAAGACCCAAUCAAGUUUACUGUGAACAUUUUUUAUGAUCAUCUUUUUAAAUUGAAAUUUACAAUAAACUUUUUUCACCAUAAACCUACAAUAGGGA